GCCGGCCGGACCUCAUGACCCUGCGCUGCGCCGAGCCGCGGAAGGCACGCUUGACUGACAGGCGGAGGUGGCGCGGUUGCUACGGCAGGUUCCCUGCCAGAAGCCUGCACUCACCCCGGCCCACUGCAGCCCAGCACUGUCGGCCGUCACCGGAGAAUGCGGAUGCUGGCUGCUUCCUGGGACUGUCGCUUUGCACAAAGUCUUGUAGAAAAACAUACACGGAUGAAAUGACGUGAUAUCUGGGAUUUGCUGCAGAAAAAGAGGAAGUGGGAGGUUGAGAUGAAGCAAGGUAAGCCCAGGCCAGCAUGGGGGACUCCAGGGACCUUUGCCCUCAUCUUGACUCUAUAGGGGAGGUGACCAAAGAGGACUUGCUGCUCAAAUCCAAGGGCACCUGUCAGUCAUGCGGUGUUUCCGGACCCAACCUGUGGGCCUGUCUCCAGGUCGCCUGCUCCUACGUUGGCUGCGGAGAAUCCUUCGCUGACCACAGCACCAUCCACGCGCAGGCCAAAAAGCACAACCUGACAGUGAACCUGACCACGUUCCGGGUGUGGUGCUACGCCUGUGAGAAGGAGGUAUUCCUGGAGCCUCGGCUGGCGGCCCAGCCGCAGGGCCCCUCACCCAAGUUCUCAGAGCAGGACUCUGUGCCGCCCUCCCACCCUCUGAAAGCUGUCCCCAUUGCCGUGGCUGACGAAGGAGAGUCCGAGUCGGAGGACGAUGACCUCAAACCGCGAGGCCUCACGGGCAUGAAGAACCUUGGCAACUCCUGCUACAUGAACGCAGCCCUGCAGGCCCUGUCCAACUGCCCCCCACUGACCCAGUUCUUCUUGGAGUGUGGAGGCCUGGUGCGCACAGACAAGAAGCCAGCCCUGUGCAAAAGUUACCAGAAGCUGGUCUCUGAGGUCUGGCACAGGAAACGCCCCAGCUACGUGGUUCCCACCAGCCUGUCCCAUGGGAUCAAGUUGGUCAACCCGAUGUUCCGAGGCUAUGCCCAGCAGGACACCCAAGAGUUCCUGCGCUGCCUGAUGGACCAGCUGCACGAGGAGCUCAAGGAGCCCGUGGUGGCCGCGGCGGCAGCGCUGACCGAGGCUCGGGACUCGGACUCGAGCGACACGGAUGAGAAGCGGGAGGGCGACCGGAGCCCAUCAGAGGACGAGUUCCUGUCCUGUGAUUCCAGCAGCGACCGCGGUGAGGGCGACGGGCUGGGGCGUGGCGGGGGCGGCCCCCAGGCUGAGACGGAGCUGCUGGUCGCGGACGAGGCGGGCCGCGCCAUCUCCGAGAAGGAGCGCAUGAAGGACCGCAAGUUCUCGUGGGGCCAGCAGCGCACCAACUCGGAGCAGGUGGACGAGGACGCCGACGUGGACACCGCCAUGGCCGCCCUGAACCAGCAGCCCACGGGCACGCAGCCGCCGUCACCGCGGUCCACCAGCCCCUGCCGGACACCAGAGCCGGACAACGAGGCCCACAUGCGCAGCGCCUCUCGCCCCUGCAGCCCUGUCCACCACCACGAGGGCCACGCCAAGCUGGCCGGCAGCCCUCCUCGUGCGAGCCCUGUGAGGAUGGGGCCGUCCUACGUGCUCAAGAAAGCCCAGGUACCAAGUGCCGGCAGCCGGCGGCGGAAGGAGCAGCGCUACCGCAGCGUCAUCUCAGACAUCUUCGAUGGCUCCAUCCUCAGCCUCGUGCAGUGUCUCACCUGUGACCGGGUGUCCACCACGGUGGAGACAUUCCAGGACCUGUCGCUGCCCAUUCCUGGCAAGGAAGACCUGGCCAAGCUCCACUCGGCCAUCUACCAGAACGUGCCAGCCAAGCCGGGUUCCUGUGGGGACAGCUCCGCCGCCCAGGGCUGGCUGGCCUUUAUCGUGGAGUAUAUCCGACGGUUCGUGGUAUCCUGUACCCCCAGCUGGUUUUGGGGUCCGGUCGUCACCCUGGAAGACUGCCUCGCUGCCUUCUUUGCCGCUGAUGAGCUGAAGGGUGACAACAUGUAUAGCUGUGAACGGUGUAAAAAGCUGCGCAACGGCGUGAAGUACUGUAAGGUCCUGCGGUUGCCAGAGAUCCUGUGCAUUCACCUGAAGCGCUUUCGACACGAGGUGAUGUACUCAUUCAAAAUCAGCAGCCACGUCUCCUUCCCCCUGGAGGGACUUGACCUGCGCCCCUUCCUCGCCAAGGAGUGCACGUCCCAGAUCACCACCUACGACCUCCUCUCGGUCAUCUGCCACCACGGCACGGCAGGCAGUGGCCACUACAUCGCCUACUGCCAGAACGUGAUCAACGGGCAGUGGUAUGAGUUCGACGACCAGUACGUCACCGAGGUUCACGAGACAGUGGUGCAGAACGCCGAGGCCUACGUGCUCUUCUACAGGAAGAGCAGCGAGGAGGCCGUGCGGGAGCGGCAGCAGGUGGUGUCCCUGGCCGCCAUGCGGGAGCCCAGCCUGCUGCGGUUCUACGUGUCCCGGGAAUGGCUCAACAAGUUCAACACCUUCGCCGAGCCGGGGCCCAUCACCAACCAUACCUUCCUCUGCUCCCACGGAGGCAUCCCGCCCAACAAAUACCACUACAUCGACGACCUGGUGGUCAUCCUGCCCCAGAGCGUCUGGGAGCACCUCUACAACAGGUUUGGAGGCGGCCCUGCCGUGAACCAUCUGUACGUGUGCUCCAUCUGCCAGGUGGAGAUCGAGGCGCUGGCCAAGCGCAGGCGGAUCGAGAUUGACACCUUCAUCAAGCUGAACAAGGCAUUCCAGGCCGAGGAGUCGCCCAGUGUCAUCUACUGCAUCAGCAUGCAGUGGUUCCGGGAGUGGGAGGCCUUCGUCAAGGGCAAGGACAACGAGCCCCCCGGGCCCAUUGACAACAGCAGGAUCGCACAAGUCAAAGGAAGUGGCCACAUCCAACUGAAGCAGGGAGCUGACUACGGGCAGAUCUCAGAGGAGACCUGGGUGUACCUGAAUAACCUGUAUGGCGGCGGCCCCGAGAUCGCCCUCCGCCAGAGUGUGGCCCAGCUCCAGGACCCGGAGAGCUUGCACGGGGAGCAGAAAAUCGAAGCCGAGACCCGGGCCGUGUGACUCAGUGGGCCCGUCUGUAAGUCCUCUCCUCCCUCCGCGGAGACCCUCUCGUGUCCCUCACGUGUUGGAAGAGCACCCUGCACACACCUUCCCUGAGGCUGCUUGGAAGGACCUUCACGAGGCCCCCGCCGGCUGAUGACCCGGGUGUCCCCACAGGCCCCCCGCCUUUGCCCCCCUCCCUGCGGAGGGGGCAUCUGUACCCGGAAGAGAGGCCGGCCGCUCUGGAAACCCAGAUGUGUAAAGAGGCAGAAAAGUUGUUUUGGUUCCCAGUGAGUAAUGCUGCAACUAGGAAAUACAUCCCCUUCAGGCUUGUUAAACGACCAAGGCUCUGCGACGUUAACUCGGGUCUUUGUCUCGGCAGUGCCCUCGUGUCACUGCUGUCGUUGUGUCCCCAAACCUGCCCUCUCGCUAGCUCGGGCCCAGCUUUUGUCCCUGGACCCUCAGUCAGGGGCCAUGGCCUUGGGACAGAGGGUCGGGGAGCGGCUGCCGCUCCGCAGGCGUUUCCCGCGGGCUCCUGGUCCAGCACCUGAGUCACGGGUCGACGGUCAGGGCUGCGAGCAGGGUGCCAAGCACUCGGCAGUGCGGAUGCUGCCGCUGGCCCCUGGGCCUGGUCCUCCCGAGGCCCCGCUUCGCCCCCACACCUCCUGGUCGUCACGGAGGCCUCCUGAAUCCUGGGCGGCUCUCGAUGUUUUUCGUGCAGACUAAUGACUCCGGACACGUUUGCGAUUGGGACCCGAGGGCGGGGUUGGUUUUCUGUCAGUGGAGCUCAGUUCUGGAGGCAGCGGGUCCCCUCGCACCCUGUGCUGCUGAGCUGGCCCUGUGGAUUGGCUGUCAUUUGCCCCUGCCAGGGACCCAGAUGAUGAAACAGAAAUACCUCGCGUUGCUAUGUUUGCUGCUGAUGCAGCUUCCCCGGGGGGCUGACAUUUCUCCCCGACACUGAGCUGCACAGGGCCCCUGGGCCGGCUCGUACGCGUGGGUCCCGGAAGUGCGUCUUCUGGAUGCUGAGCGAGGCCACUGCUGGGGGGCUGGGACCUCCGAGCACAGCGCGGUGGCACUGAAGCCCCUGGACAAAACAGCCGUGGCCAGUGCUCACCUCGUCAGGGCCAAAGCGAAAGGGGGGUGGGAAAGGGGUCCUGGGACCAAACCCCCCAGAUACCGUGGCCCUCAGCCUCCAUAGAAGCAGCUGUCAGUGGAACUUGCAGCAGGCGGUUCUGGCGGAGCCCCUGAAGCUCUCACGUCUCACUCAUUUCUGUGACCUCGUUUCACCCGGAUCUGUUUCCUUCUCCACCGGGGCAGCAUAAGAUCACAGAACAAGCCGCUGCUGGGAUUUCUGGACGUUUGCCACAGUCCUUUGGAAGUUGCUGCUGGCACCAGCGGCGACCCCCGUGCAGAGCCCGGCGGUUGCAUGUUGCACUGUUUGUGACGUAGACUCCGCUGUGCAGGUUGUAAUCUCGCCCCACGUCUGCGCCGUCUAGUUUGUGCUCAGAACGUCCUAAUAAAUAUGUAACGUUC